AAAACAAAUUCCUACUUUUCUCUGUCGUUCUCGCGUUACACAUCGUUUUAAAAAUAUAUUAUUCACCUAAUCAUAACAUCAAUAAUAUUUACUAAAUAAAACGAACAAUUUUUUAUUCGGGCUGAAGGACCAAUAUGUGACCGCCAUAUGCUCUUGCAGAAUCUCUUCUUCCCAAUGUACGUUGCAAAUUGAACACUCCCAUUAAUUUCGUUUGUUUAAAGAACCUUAUCGAAAAUGUAGACAGUUUUGAGUUGCACAUUUGCGCAAUUAUGAUUUGUCUCUAUACAGUAUCGUUAACGGACUACGAAUUUUCGAAAACUGUGGGCUAGUUGAGUCCUGAGACCAAAGGAGCCUCUGUUUCCUUGUUCCAAGUCCAUGUUCCAAUAUGAAAGUUUUGCGCAUUUUAGAUAGAAAACUCAUUUCACGCCGUAUCGAAAUGUUGCUGCCUUUUAAUGCAUAGAAACAAAGGCUUAAUUGGCCAAGAACGUUUUUAACAUUUGUUUUUAGUAAAUUUAAUGACACUCGAGCAUAUCACGGUUCGAUGAUUACGAACGCUUUAUCGCUUCUAUGGAAAUGUGUAGAAGUUCUUUGAAGUGAUAUUUAUUACGCGACAAGCUACCGCAAAUACGUGACUGUUAGAACCUAAAUUAAAUGCUACUCGCCAAAAUGUAAAAUGACGUAAAGCGGCUGGCUGCUGAGAUGAAAGUUCGCAUGCUUUAUGUGGAAUGGAUUCGGGAGUAAGAUCUUCCUGAAGAAACAUUCCUUUGAUAGUGUUCUAUCAGCAGAAUGUCGUGGCCACAAUGGCCCGGAGGAAAUCUUGGUCAACCUGGUAUUGUCCAACCACCAGUUAUAAAUCCAGCUCCAAAUGUAGUUAAUCCUGCAACUAAUCAAUACACUCCCGAACAAUGGGCUCAGAUGCAGCAUCAAAAUUGGCAGCAGUGGGCCCAAUGGCAGCAACAAUUUCAGCAAUGGCAACAACAAUAUGGGGCAGAGUAUCAAAAGUCGGUGAACGCUAUGGCACAAACUGCAGUGCCAACUCAAGCUUCAGUUUCUUUCAUGCCAGCUCCCCCACUUCCUACAGAAAGUAAGCCACCUCCCCCUCCAGAUGAACCAACCAGUCAAACCCAUCAACCAACCAAUGCUUACGGAAUGAAUGUGCCACCUCCAUCAUCUCAAACUAACUACAAUAUUGGCCCCCAGCACCUACCCCCUCAACAUGCAAAGCAAGGAUACGAUAACAAAUAUUCCCAGUAUAGAAACAACCCACAUUCCGGUCAAGGUUCAUAUCCAAAUCAAGAUGUGAACAACCAACAGAGAUAUCAGAGAAAUCAAAAUUAUAACAGAGAACCACAAGGCCCAAAUUGGCAAAAUCAAAAUCGAAACCCACAAGGUCCGAAUCGUUUCAAUCAACCACCCCCUAGAGGCGGAUCUCAUUUUGACAAUAAACCAGAAUAUGGCGCCAAACGUCCAUAUUUUAAUCCUAAUGAGAAUGAAAAUAUAAAGCGAAAUAAAAUGGAUUUAAAUGAAGGUAUCAAAUGGGGUGGAAAUCAGCCUCAGCAGCCAAAAAAAGAAGAAACUCCUCGAAUUCCGCCACAACCAAAACCUGCGGUUACUCCAGCAAAGUCCAAUCCCGAAGAAUUGUCCGAAGCUGAGAAGAAAUUUGACAAACAAUUUAAUGACUGGGAGGCACAGUUCCAAAAGUGGAAGCAACAGAAUGCUAAUCAUCCCGAUAAAGAGCAAUACAGACAGUAUGAAAAGAAAUGGGAAACGUGGCGCGCGCAGCUUUUGGAACGUAGAGAGCAGAUGAAGAGAAAGCGGUUGGGCCUUACGGACUCUUCUCCACAGCCGCUGCUUAAUAAGCCUGAUUUAGAGGCACAACCUAAAAACUUACAGCCCUCAAACACUGAAUCUAAUUCUACACCUGUCGUUUCUGCAAUUGCUUCAAAGCCAGAAGCCGAAAAAGAAGAAGGUAUUCCUUCUGUGAGGCCUCCCCCAAAUCUGAACAAUCAACCCCUCGAAUUUAAAAAGUCGGGAUUAUCAGUUGUUGAAUCUUCUGAUCAACAAAAUAAGGAGGAUGAUAACAAAGAAGAUGAGGGUCCUAAUGAUUUUCUUAAGUCCUCUGCUUCGGAUGGAAUACCAGGUUUGGAUCUAGUGAAAACCACCGAUGCUGAUGCUCCAGAAGAGGAUGAAGUUGAGAAAAAAAGUGAAACGGCUAAACCAGAUUUAGAAGCAAUUUCGAGAGGUAUAAAUAGCAUCCUUGGCGAUCAAAAAUUGUUGAAUAUGCUAUCGAUGGUUCAAAAUAAAGCGCCACCACCGCCAGCAAAAAUGGAUUCCCCGAAGUUCAGCCCUGCAGAGUGUAAUCAAGAUGAAUAUUCAAAUGAAGCGCGCGAUGAAUUCUUUAGUUUUGAAAAGCCGACCUGUCCGGUGGAAAAUCCUGACAGUCAAACUCGACCUGAUUCACAAAUGGGAGAAAACGACUACUAUGAGGAAGAAGGUUCUAAUAGUUAUGGGGAUUCCACGUACUUUUCAAACCGACCUGAUAACUUGGGCGGAGCUGGAAAUUUGGAUAAACCAAAUUUAAAUCAAAAUCCGAAUUUGACACAAAAUUCAAACAACACUAACAGAGGAUCUGGGAAUGUUAACGCAAAUCCUACCUGUAAUCGAAUGGGAGAUAACUACGAUCAAGAUAGAGAUGAAAAUUAUUCUAGAGGCAGCUUCAAUGAAAAUAGAAAUCGACCCAAUCAAUUUAACAGAGGUUUUGAUAACUUUUCUCAAGAUCGCGAUGAUUUCAAUCGUUCAUCUAAUUACAAUAAUGAUCCUGAGAACUUUGGUAUGGGUGACAACUUUAGUAACUUUAACAGAGGGCCUGAUAACUUUAAUCGCCCCCCUGACAGUUUUAACAAGGGACUGGGUAACUUUAGAGGACCAGGAAACUUCAACCAAGGACCAGAUAAAUUUAGUCGUGUACCUGACAGCUUUAAUAGAGGCCCUGAUUCCUUCAACCGUGGGUCGGAUAACUUUAACCGAGGACCUGACAACUUCAACAGGGGGCCUGAUAACGGCAGUCGAGGACCUGAUAACUUCAACCGCGGUCCUGAUAACUUUAAUCGUGGACCUGAUAACUUCAUUCGUGGACCUGAUACCUUCAAUCGUGGACCUGAUAACUUCAAUCGUGGACCUGAUAACUUCAAUCGAGGACCUGAUAACUUCAAUCGAGGACCUGAUAACUUCAAUCGAGGACCUGAUACAUUUAAUCGUGGGUCUGACAACUUCAAUAGAGGACUAGAUAAUUUUAAUACUGGCCUGAGAGGACCAGGCACCUUUAAUAGAGGUAAUGAUAAUCGUAUCAGAGGAAUUGAUAACCUCAAUAGGGGUCCAGGCAACUUUAAUAGAGAUGAUAACUUCAACAGAGGUCCUGGAGAUUUUAUGAGAGGCCCCGAUAACUUCAGAGAUGGCGAUGGUUUCGGAAGGGAUCAGAAUAACUUUAGAGGAAGCGGUAAUUUCAGAGGUUCUGGAAGUUUGCCUAGAGGUAAUGACAGUUUCAAUAGGGGCCCUGGCAGUGUUGGUAGAGGCUCGGGCAGUAUUGGCAGAGGCCCUGGCAGUGUUGGUAGAGGCCCUAGUAGUAUUGGUCGAGGCCCUGGUAGUAUUGGUAGAGGGCCUGAAGACUUUGGCGAUGGCCCUGAUGAGUUUACUGGAGGCCCAGAUGACUUUGAUGGCGGCCCUGAUGAUUUUGGUGACGACUAUAGAGAUUCCCAGGAGUUUGAUAAAGAUUGCGAGAAUUUCGAGGACGAGGAUGAUAACUUUGAUGAAGGUCCUGAUGACUUUAAUGACGGAUUCAAUAGACCUCCGGAUAACUUCAAUAGAGGUCCAGAUAAUUUUAAUAGAGGGCCAAAUAACUCCAACAGAGAUACACGGAAUUUUGAUAAUUUAAAUAAAGGGGGGCCAGACAAUGCGAACAGAGGAAAUUUAGAUAAUUUUAGUCGAUUACCUCCCAGUUUUGAUAAAGGUCCAAAUAUGAACAGACCACCGAAUCUCCUCAAUCGAGACAAUCUGAAUUUCAACCGUGAGCCGGAGGGAUUUGGCAGAACUGGGAACUUCAAUAGGGAUUUUGACAAAAAUGUAGAUAAAUUUGGUAGAGGGCCGGAAAAUUUUAGUAAUAGAGGUCCCGAUAAUAGACCUAUACCACCAUUUAACAGACCAGGUGCCCGAGAAAGUGAGAUUUUUGAUGAUUUCAACAGACGCCCGCCAGUACCACUAGGUGGUCCCAAUAGCUUUACAAAGGCUCCACCUCCUUUUAACAAAAGGCCCGAUUUUUCUGGAGAUAACAAGUUUAAUAUGAGAGAAGAUGAAUUUGAUGAAGAUAACUGGAGGGGUAAUGAACCAUUAGGCGAUGUGUUCGAUUCAAAACGGAAUGUAAAUGAUAAUUUUGACACAAACUCAUUUGGUCGAAACUCUGAGGAUUUAAUUAGUGGACCCAUUAAAAAUAAUUUGAACUUUGAACCUCCAGAUGUCUCUGCAAAUGAAGCUUUACCCAAUAAAGAUCAGUCGCAAAUGGAAGAAGAGGGAGUUUGGAAAACUACUAAUGUAAUAGAUUACAGUCACAAAUCUUUGCCAGAUGAACCGGAAAUAAUCUUGGAAAUAUUUUACUCGUUUGAUUAUCGUCAUAAGCCUUUAAAUCGAAUUCCAUAUCCAUCAAGACCUAAGUGGCUUUCUGACAUGGUCGAUAAAUAUCCUGAAUUUGUUAUAGCUAGCACCAGAAAUCUCAGGCAUGAUACUAGGAAGUACUCGUCAAAUGAUAAAUUUCCCAAGUAUGAAGAUGCUGGGAAAAUACCUUAUAGUGAUCGUAGUAAAAUGCCAUAUGAUGAUCGUGGUAAAGCGCCAUAUGAUGAUCGUGGUAAAGCGCCAUAUGAUGACCAUGGUAAAGCGCCAUACGAUGAAUGGAGCCGAAGGAAUGUAGGUGACAGAGAUCGUAAAUUUGUUGAAGACCGAAAAAGAAAGCCCUAUGACAAUAGAGAUCGCUAUGAUCAUGACGAAAAAGAACGGCAUGUGAAAGAAUAUCGCACUGACAAAGGGCGCCGUGGUUUUGAUAGAAAUUAUGAAGAAACAACUGAGAAGACACACAAAGAAAGUGAUAAUAUACGUUCUUUUGAUGACCAAAAAUCGACUGAUAGCAAAAUAGCAUUUUCUAAAGAUAAACGAUAUGAUGAUGAGGACGAUUUUGAGAAUAAAGAUUUAAAAGAGACUGAAAAUACUAAUACUAGUAGUGAUAAAGAAGCAAAAUUGAAAUUUUCCGGCAAAAGUACCGCUCCUGGUUCUGCACCCAAAUCAAACAUUACUUCAAUUGACGACAUAUUAUUGCCACCUGGUAGGUACAAUAGACCACCUCGAAUUGUUAUAAUUUUGAGAGGUCCUCCUGGCAGUGGUAAAUCAUUUUUAGCAAAACUGAUCAAGGACAAAGAGGUGGAAAAUGGGGGAUCCGCUCCACGAAUUUUGUGCUUAGAUGAUUACUUUAUGGUGGAACAGGAGAAGGAGCUGGAUGAAGAUGGACGGAAAACAAAAGUUAAAGAAAUGGUGUACGAAUACGAGGAAGAAAUGGAGGCCUCCUACCGGCAGUCGUUGAUGAAAUCUUUUAAAAAAACCAUAACCGAUGGCUACUUCAACUUUAUCAUUGUUGAUAAUAUCAAUGAUAAAGUUAAAUUCUUUGGUGAAAUGUGGAGUUUUGCCAAACAGAACGGAUUUCAGGUUUAUAUUUGCCAAAUGGAAUUGGACGUACAAAAUUGUACAAAGCGCAACAUACAUGGACGUUCGGAGGCGGAAAUUGAAAAAUGCGUCGCCAGUUGGGAGCCGACGCCCUCUCACCAUCCGGUUUUGGAUGCGACAAGUUUGAUACAGUCCGGUUCAAUCCCGGAAGUCGAAAUGGAGGAAAUAAACUCUCCGUCCAGUGAUAUUAUGAACGAAGAGGAACGUUUGAUUUCAAGCAAGUGGGACACCUUCGACUAUUCUAUUGAUAAUCUGGCAAAGCUCGACGGAACCAACAAGCCGCUCCGGACAAGUCGGACAAUGGAAGACUACCUCCAACUGGGUGACGACUGGAUCCAACCAGUAUCCACAAAACCAGGACAAAAGAGGGUUCGCUGGGCUGACUUGGAAGAACGAAAGGAACAGGAGAAAAUGAGAGCCAUUGGAUUUGUUGUCGGACAAACCAAUUGGGAUAGAAUGAUGGAUCCUACUAUGGGUGGUAGUGCGUUGACACAAACAAAAUAUAUUGAACGUUAUACUAAUUAUUGAUAGUAGUAGAUUUACAUAAGAUUAAAUCAAAUAAAUUUGUGCAAGCUCGGUGAAUGACUAAUUAGUUUCUAUUGUAGUAACAAUUUUAAUAUUUAGUUAAUAUUAAAAUGUAAAUCUGUGACAUAGUAAAUUUGAAAAAUUUGUUUCCUAUCCAAUUAAUUUUCUGAAUAAUUUAUUGCUAAAUAUUAACUUAUCUGUCGAUGUAGCUUUGGCAAACCUACAAAUCGUUGAAAAAGGAGUGACAUAACUUGCACUGUAUUUUUUAAUAGUGCAAUACUUUUUUUUCGUACUACUUAUUCUGGUGUGUUCUGUUAAAAAAUUUUGUAUAACGCAAAGAAACCGAGGAUAUUUAAAAGUACAAAAAGAUGUCACACGCUAUAAUGUUCAAGGUCAUCAGUGUAUAUAAAUUUCUUUAGUAUUAUUUGAAUUUAUACAUCAAUUAUGUUUUUGGAACAUAUGAAAAAAAAUUUUAUUUGUAUGUGUACUGUUUUUAUAAAAUAAAAUUACUUUUUCUGUA